CUGGGAGGGUAGCGGAGGCCGGCUUGCCCCGCCCCCGCCCUCAGCGCGGAGCUUCCCUUCCGCGCCCAGACCUGCCCGCUGCCUUUCCGCGAGCGCAGGCGGCGGCUGCUGGUGUGUCUUUCUCUCCCCUCCGCAGAGGCCGCUUUUGCAGCUCUUCCGCGGCGAGCAUGGCAGCUCGGAGACGCGGGGCCGCCCUGGGACUCUGCGCCACAGUUUUUUUACUAGAUAUGGCUUUCUGUAAAGGAUUUGUAGAAGACUUAGAUGAAUCGUUUAAAGAUAAUCGAAAAGAUGACAUUUGGCUUGUAGAUUUUUAUGCACCAUGGUGUGGCCAUUGUAAAAAACUGGAACCGAUCUGGAAUGAAGUUGGUCUGGAGAUGAAAAGCGUUGGUUCUCCAGUUAAAGUUGGGAAGAUGGAUGCUACUUCCUAUUCUAGCAUUGCUUCAGAGUUUGGAGUUCGAGGUUAUCCAACAAUUAAGCUAUUGAAGGGGGACUUGGCCUAUAAUUACAGAGGACCGCGAACUAAAGAUGAUAUAAUUGAGUUUGCUCACAGAGUGUCUGGAGCUCUAAUUCGGCCCCUUCCAAGUCAGCAAAUGUUUGAACAUGUCCGGAAGAGACAUCGUGUAUUUUUUGUUUAUAUAGGUGGAGAGUCACCUUUGAAGGAGAAAUACAUCGAUGCUGCUUCAGAGUUAAUUGUUUACACAUACUUUUAUUCUGCCUCAGAAGAAGUCGUUCCUGAGUAUGUGACCCUGAAAGAGAUGCCCGCGGUGCUUGUUUUCAAAGAUGAAACCUACUUUGUUUAUGAUGAGUAUGAAGAUGGUGAUCUGUCAUCUUGGAUCAACAGGGAGAGGUUUCAGAAUUACCUUACAAUGGACGGCUUCCUCUUGUAUGAACUUGGAGACACCGGAAAGCUCGUGGCUAUUGCAGUUAUUGAUGAGAAAAACACAUCAGCUGAACAUACCAGAUUAAAGUCAAUUAUUCAGGAAGUUGCUAGAGAUUAUAGAGACCAGUUCCACAGGGAUUUUCAGUUUGGCCAUAUGGAUGGAAAUGACUAUAUAAAUACAUUGCUGAUGGCUGAAUUGAAAGUCCCAACUGUGGUUGUACUGAAUACUUCAAACCAACAGUACUUUUUAUUAGAUAGACAGAUUAAUAAUGCUGAAGACAUGGUCCAGUUCAUUAAUAACAUUUUGGAUGGCACAGUCGAUGCCCAAGGAGGUGAUAGCAUUUUGCAGAGAUUGAAAAGAAUGGUUUUUGAUGCCAAAUCUACUAUUGUGUCUGUGUUCAGGAGCUCUCCGCUCUUGGGCUGCUUUCUCUUCGGCCUGCCGCUGGGGGUCGUCAGCAUCAUGUGCUACGGCAUCUACACGGCGGACGCGGACGGGCACGACGAGCGCUACGAAGUGGUGCGCGGUGAGGGCGGCGGCGCCGCGCUGCCGGACGAGGGCGCGGGGCAGCCGGAGCCGAGCGGCGCAGACCCGCCAGCGCCUGCGGCGCAGGAACCCAAGGAUGUGUUAGAAAAGAAGAAGGAUUAAGACUUUCCCGGGAUGAAAUACUUGAUAGGAUUCAAAUUAUUAAAGAGUCUAUUUAUUGAAUUCAGACACUGAAUCAUGACCUUCACAGAAGAGAACAUGGUAUCUGUGUUCUGCUAAUACCAACUGCAUGGGUUAAAAUAGUCCUUUCGUAAGUGGGGAGAUGUUGGGAGCAAAGAGCAAAAUCAAAACACUCCAUCAGAGUUUACCUUAUAGAUGUUGUUAUGCCACAUCAAUUCUAUUUGCAUGUUUCUCUAUCUGAAUAUUCUGUGACAACAUUAAGGUUCUUGGGCAGAAUAUUUAACUUGGCCAGUCAGGUAGAAGACACAUGUGCGAGAGAAGAAGAGUGCCUCCCCCUCCCAGCGUCCGUUUCUUCUCACGUUUGGAUGAGAUUUAUAUGGACAAAAUUAAGUCUUUAAAAUAUAGGCACUUUAAGGAGAACUAACAACUUUUUUCCAAGGAUCAAAUUAAGAUUAUGAUUUUGUAUAGCAUAGUGAUUUUAUUUUGUUAUUAUUUUUAAAGGAGAGGAAAUGUUACUUUUUACCUUUAUACUCAGUUGCAUUAUAAAACUUUCAUAUGGGCCUAUAUAAGUGGGGAAAAAACAGUCUUAUGUUCAGUUUUUGCAGCAUAAAUAGGAUUUACUGGGAGCAGUGAUUUAAAACCAUGCCCUGGACGCUUAGUAGGGGUCUCAGCCAACAUGGCAGGCAGGGAGGAUCUCUGUUACUCCUGCCCUGCUUUAUCCAGAACAGCCUACUUUUUCCUCUCUGUUUUAUAUAUUGGGAUUUCUUCUAAAAUUUUUCUUUGAUAAAAAGCUCCUCCUGCUUUUUAAAAAGUAAUAUAUAUCAUAUUUUUGUUUAUAGUGUAAGUUUAUGGUAACUUAGGAUUUAAUAUGUGCAUAUGUAUAUCUAUACGUACACAUACACAGGAAGUGCAUUGGCAUACACUUGCCAUGUGGUAUUAUGGGUGUGUCUGUUCACAAUGAGUAAUGAGUGACAUCAUCAGCCUGUUAACAUUCACGUCUGGUGAUUCAGGAGAUCUGCCAGUUCACUUCCCCAUUGUCCCAGUGUGUCAUCCAGUUCAGCCAGUGACCUCUCAUCUUCUCCCCAUAAUAAAGUAACGUAGGAAUUCUUUCCCAAGUAAUGUACAAAAUUGGUACUGUUUUAAUACCAGUAUGGUAUGUUUAUUGUAGAUUAGUUUAUUUUUUGAGGUCUUCAUUUUAGUCAAGUUUAGGAUUUAAGGUGACUGUUAUUUGGGUGGUUAUUCAUUGAGUUAUUAGACAUUUUUAAAAUGUUUCAUCACUUUAAAAAUACAUAAUUCAUGGUCCUGAUCCUGUAGUUGUCCAGGGCUGUGGUCCCAAAGGUUCCCCAGUGGUUAUUUCUGAUGCCAUUCUGAUCACUACUAACCUGAAACUCUUCUAUCUUAAGUUCUAAGGAGUGACUGGUAAUUGCUCUCUUGUACCCAUGUACUCUUUUAGGAUAUAAUAAUUACUUAUUCUUAGUGUUUGGCACCCCAUUAUAAUUUUUAUAAGUGAAGCACAUAUGCAAUCAAGUGAAACUUCAGGAAACACAGAAUGAAAUGUUAUUCUUAAAUGGGAAUUAGGAAUAAAUGCUGUUAAUUUGACAAGGAGAUGCCUCUCUAACGAGUAAGGAGAGAUUCUUUUGGAAGGUCAGUAUGAGCGAUGGCCGCGGUCGGGCUUGUUUGCAGCAGUGAGAAGCUCAGGUGAGUGCAGGUGCCUCGCGGGAGUCCUGACCUCCAGGGAAGGGGGUCUUAGCUGCCACCGUGACAGGAGGAAACUGGAGUAGCAGUGUCACUGCUUUUUUCUUCAUGUUUAUCACUGACAGAUGUCUGUCAUCUGCAUAGUUUCGUCUUUUGUCAAGUGCACCGAUAAAGACCAAAACGGGGGGAAAAAGGUAGAGCUUAAUGUGUAUCAGCGAAGUCCAGUGAUCUUUGUCUUCUGAGAUCUCCAUCUCUUUAAGAUAAUGCUUUAGUUCUCUGCCACCGUUUUUCACAGCUCUAUACUGUUGCCCCAUAUUCUUUGUGUGUUUUCAAAAUGUAUCUAUUAGGAAAACAAAAUGUAUAUUUGGAUUAUAAGUGGAUUAUUUUAAUUUUUUUUUGUAUUAAACAUUUGCUUUUUACUUCUCUCUACUUUAGGAUAUUGUUACAAAAACCUCACAAAACAAAUGUAAAACUUUUGCUCACUAGUAUGGUUUUCCUUUCAAUAUCAUAUCAGAGUUUUCUAGAAAUGCUGUUUUCAUUUUAGAAAAAUGGCUUCAGAAUAAAGGUAGGUUUCUUAAUCUGGUAGGAGGACACAGAUCCAUCAUCCUAACGCAGGGAUGAGUCUUGUGCUGUGAUUACAUAUCAUUGGGGGAAUACCCUUCAGUAAGUUGCAAUUUUGCAGUUUCAAUAAAGUUCUGUUUCUGACUUUUCAAAUACAGGAUCCUAGAUGCUUGCUCUUGCUGAGUCUGGUCCUCAGACAAUUUUCAAAGAUAUUUCAAAGAGAGAAAGUAUGUAUUUUUAUUGAGCUGUGCACCCCAUUAUAGCUUGUAAUCCUUUUUGUUUGUUUCACUGUCUACAUUAAUCUUUUUCUAGCUCUCUGAAACUUACCUGAGGUGCAUUAGACCUGGAAUUUUCACUUUCUUCUUCAUACAUAAUGCUCCCUGGUAUCUGAUUUAGAAAUAACAUUGAGCCAGAUGUCUAGAGGCUGAAGGAACGGUUUAUAUGAAUAGUAAAAUAAUUAGCUAUAUUGUUUUUGUUUAGUGGAUUUUUGUUCUUGUUGAUGCUUCUUGUGUUCUGUUUAAGGAGCUUUUUGGUUUGGAUUUUGCAAAAAGUAAUUUAAAUAUUUUCAUAACUGUUUCAUAUGAUAUGGAGGUAGGACAGGGAAAAAUCACUCAUCUUAUUAUGCAGAAAUUGUUCAAAUAAGUGCAGGAUGUUAAGACUAUCAAUUGGUGAGGUUAGGUUUACCAUUUUAUUUUUAUAAAUAUAUAUUUUUUCUGAAUGUGUCCGAGUCCAAGAGUGGGCAAAAAAUAAUUUUCUACUUUGGACUAAUCUAUAAAGGUUUUUGAAAGUCUGUAUUACUAACUUGUUGAAUUCAUGAUAUCCUGCCUUAAGGCACCAAUUGUAAACCUUUGUUUUUCUAAAAUAAAUUAAUGGAAAACAUGUAA